CUGUCUGACAUCUCGCGAGAUUUGAGUUGGACUAAACGCCACGUCGGUUAGAACCGGACGAGAAUCUGAUCAUCUGCAGCCUCUCCGUAAAUAAGAGGUCAGAUUAGAUCCGUACAGAAUUAUAGAUAUACAGGGGACGUGCACGCUUCUCGGGUGAGAUGAGGGCCCUGUAUGUGUCUGUGCUGCUGCUGGUGUUUGGUUUAGUAGUGCUGUCAUGUGAACACGGACAUCACCAUGGACAUCAUCAUGGCCAUGACCAUGGACAUCACCACGGACACCAUCACCACGGACAUCAUCAUGGCCAUGACCAUGGUGAUGUGAAGAUGUUUCAUGGUGCAAGCAAAUGGAGUGCAGAAGCAAAUCUGCCCUCUGAGGAGGAGGAGCUCUAUCACGGACACGCCCACGAUCACGGACACGCCCACGAUCACGGACACGCCCACGAUCACGGACACGCCCACGAUCACGGACACGAUCACGGACACGCCCACGAUCACGGACACGACCACGCCCACGAUCACGGACACGGCCACGAUCACGGCCACGCCCACGAUCACGGACAUGGCCACGACCACCAUGGACAUGCCCACGAUCAUGGACACCACCAUGGACAUGCUCACGAUCACGGACACGCCCAUGGUCAUACCAAAGAGCGCCUGAAGCGGGGGUUACCGGCAGAGAGUCGGGACUCAGUGGAGUUGUGGAUGCAGGCGGUGGGAGCGACGUUGCUGAUCAGCGCAGCACCCUUCCUCAUCCUCUUCCUCAUCCCGGUGCAGUCGAACUCGGAUCAGCACCAGAACCUGCUGAAGAUCCUGCUGAGCUUUGCCUCAGGGGGGCUGCUGGGUGACGCCUUCCUGCAUCUCAUACCUCAUGCUCUGGCGCCUCACUCUCACCACGGAAACGAGGACCACUCAGACGCUGCCGAGGAGUCACAUGGUCAUUCUCACGGUGCUGCACAUGAUCACAUGAUGUCUGUGGGUCUCUGGGUUCUCGGAGGAAUCAUGGCGUUCCUGGUGGUGGAGAAGUUUGUGCGCCUGCUGAAGGGAGGACACUCACACUCACACGCUGCUCCGAAAUGCAAGGACAGUGACGGGGAGGGCGAGAAGGAAGGAGCCAAAAAGAAAGACGAGAAAAAGGACAAGAAGGCGAAGAAAGCAAAAGAGGAGAGUUCGGAUAUUAAAGUAUCUGGUUAUCUGAACCUGGCUGCUGAUUUCACUCACAACUUCACCGACGGUCUGGCCAUCGGCGCCUCUUUCCUGGUCGGUCCUACUGUCGGCGUGGUAACCACCAUCACCAUCCUCCUGCACGAGGUACCACACGAGAUCGGAGACUUCGCCAUCCUCGUCCAAUCAGGAUGCACCAAGAGGAAGGCUAUGUGUCUCCAACUCCUUACUGCCAUCGGAGCGUUAGCCGGCACCGCCUGCUCCCUAUUGGCUGAGGGAGUGGGCGAGGCCGCCACCGCCUGGAUCCUCCCCUUCACUGCCGGCGGCUUUGUUUACAUCGCCACGGUGACGGUGCUGCCGGAGCUUCUGAGUGGCCGGUCGAGCGUGGGUCAGUCGGUGAUGGAGGUCAUCGCCAUGCUGUUCGGUGUGGGGAUGAUGGUGAUCAUCGCCGAGUACGAGUGAGACACCGAGAGACUGAAUUCCUUCAAGACUCAGGAGAAGAAACAGAAAACAAUGUGUAAAUGUGUCAAUGAUCAUUACAGAUGAGAGAGAGAGAGAAUUGGAGGCCUUUGUAAGAGAAGUGCACUAAAAGAUCCACAGUCCGAGCCCUGUCCCUGCACUGGACAUGUCGUCCUCCUAAACAUGGGGCCGAUUUACUGUCAGCUGACACUCACACACACCACACACACACACACACACCACACACACGUACAAUCAUUUUGCUUGAUUCAUAUUCAAAUAAUGCAGAAUUUAAAUGGAAAGAAAUAAUAUUCCUUGACGCAGCGACGUUCUGUGUUGCUUUCUAUAAUAUGGAAGGUUUUUCUGGCUCGAUUUCAACGUAGAUGUCAAUAUUAGUGCCCUCGUUAGGGGCCAAAGUGCACACUUUUUUUAUUUGCUUUGAUUUUCCUCAGCUUUCCAAAAGCAGGUGGUUGUUGUUAUUUUUGUAAGAUUUAUCUCUGUUUCCUUUUAUUAUUAUUUUUUUAACUUGUAAAUGAUGAAUGAGCUGUUUUGCUAAGUCACUGGGCAGGUUGUUGCCCUCGCCCAGAUUCUGAUGGACCAAAAGACCUUAAACUGAUGGCUGUAUAAUAACGUUUGCUCCAUUCAUGACAUUUUGGCACACGCUCUCAUCCGGAGCAGCUUACGGUCCAUUCUCUAAGACCCCACAGACCCCGCAGCCUUAGGUGGUCCUGCAAUUUAAACUCAGAAACUUUAGCUCAGUGAUUAAUCCAACAUGAGACAUCAGUCCUGACCUCACUGUAAUGUGUGUAGUGCAGCAGGUCGUGGGAUUCUGACCCGCACUCACUUUCUUUUAAACAAACCCGAUUAAGUAAUCAGUGGGAAGCUUGUGCAUGUAAACAUACGUUCAUACGACACUAGAUGGUGUAGCAGCUAACAUCCGUAACUCAGAGAAGAUGCUACACACUGAUAAUAAGCCCUUUUUCCCCCGCUAGCUUCAGGUCUUUUGAGUAGAUUGAGUCAUCUGGCUCUCUGAUAGAGAUAUUUAUCACCUCCACCACUGAGAGGUUUUGUGGCGUAUUUGAGCCAACAGCUGCAGUAAGACUGAACGAGCACAAAGUGAUGACGUAGCAUCAGGUUUAGCGUUAACCACAAACCCUACAUCAGCACUUUGGCUUCAGAAAGUCUGUCAUUAUUCUUUACAGUUUUCUUCCACUUUUUGGAAGCGUUUUUUUUUUUUUUUUAAUCUAAUUUUACGUCUCUGUCACUUCCUGUUUGUAAAAUACAGUUACUGAUUAGUUUACGUUUUGACGUGUGUGCCGAGAAUCAAUUUUCAUCUUUAGAACUAUAUUCAUCAUGAAUUACUAUAUAGCGAUUUUGGACAUAAAUAUCGGCACCCUGUUGUUCUGUUAGUGCUGAGAAAUGAUCAUGCUGUCGUGAAGAAACUAUCGCAAUACUGUAUACAAACACACUACUUUAGCGACUUUAGGCUAGCUGACUGACGAAACAUCCGCGAUAACGAUAUUGUGCUUUUUAAAACUUCGACUUUAUGAUCGGCACACGACUACAGGAAGUGUGUUGUCUUUGUUUCUUCUUUGUUUAGUUUUAUUUUGUAUGACUAGUUAUAUUUUGUCACAAAUGUCCAAGUCAUUCCUUCCAUGUCAUUUUUUUUUUAAUGCUAUAUAAAGUGAACGUAGACGACC